AUGCCAGAGCUGUGCGAUGAGCAUCUUGAUGUACUCUUGAAAGAAGCGGCCAGUCGCCUGGCGACCAAGAAGUCGUUGCGGCCCAAGGAUUGCAGCUUAUUCGCGGUCGCGCCCACAAAGCCAUCCCAAGAUCUUGAGGGCCAGCCCAAGGUGCAAGACCAGAAAAGCCUCACACUUCGCGAUCCUAGGCCGUCGGAAGAAAAGACUCAAGACAAUGCCAAUGCUGGCCCUGGCUGGUUCGGCAUCCCCAAGACGGAUCCAAACGACCCGGAGCUCAAGCGGGAUCUGCAACUGCUGCACAUGAGAGGCACUGCCAUCGACCCCAAGCGGCAUUACAAGAAGGAGGCUCUCAAGGCCAGAAUACCUCGUUACGCUCACGUUGGACGCAUUGUCGAAGGACCUACCGAGUUCUAUAGCGCCCGUCUGACGCGCAAGGAGAGAAAGAAGACCCUCGUGGACGAGUUGCUUAGUGCUGAAAAGGCGUCUGGCAAAUUCAGGUCCAAGUACGAGGAUAUUCAACAGAAAAAGGCGAGCGGCAAGAAAGCCUUCUACAAGAAGCUCAUAGAGCGUCGCCGCCGUGGCCGGCAUUAA